GGGGAGUUGUGUGACAAGCGAACGGUGAGAACGAUUCCUCCGAGUCAGAAGGUCCUGCAGCGGCAGCGCAACCCUCACACACAGAGCAAUGGCGGCCCCAGCUCCACCACUUCCCCCACAGCCAACACCUGAUCCACCUAUGACAUUACCUGAGAGCCCCAUCGGAAACCCCAUAUUCGUCAGGACUCGCCUUGCCAACAAAGACGACGUCCCACAUAUCCACAAGCUCAUCCACCAAAUGGCAGUGUUCGAGCGUUUGACCGACCAGUGCUCCUCCACCGAGGCCUCCCUUUCCUCUACCCUCUUCAAUUCCACACCUUUCCAAUCCUUCACCGUCUUAGUCCUCGAAGUCUCCAGUCGCCCCUUCUCAGAGGACCACCAUUACAGGAACCCUCUCUACCCUCCUGUCGUACGCAUCAUCAAUCUUGACCUUCCGAUCGAUGAUCCAGAGGCUGAAACGUUCCGAUCGAGCGAGGGUGUUGUGGUGGCUGGGUUUGUUCUCUUCUUUCCCAACUACUCGACCUUCUUGGCCAAGCCUGGGUUCUACAUCGAGGAUCUCUUUGUGAGGGAGUGUUACAGAAGGAAAGGCCUGGGGAAGAUGCUUUUGUCGGCGGUGGCGAAGCAAGCGUUGAAGAUGGACUACGGAAGGGUCGAGUGGUGCGUGCUCGAUUGGAAUAUUAACGCUAUUAAGUUCUAUGAGGAGAUGGGCGCCAACGUAAUGCAGGAAUGGCGGAUUUGCAGGUUAACUGGUGAGGCUCUCCAGGCUUAUCGAAAUUUGGAAUAGGGUUAGGGUUAGGGUUAGGGUUAGGGCUUUUCAUCUCCAUCCUGGAAGAAAGAGGGUUUGUGGCCUGGGGGGUUUAGAUGAUAAAUAAAUGAAGUUCUAGGGGUUCAGUUGUUAUACUCAUUAGUUUCAGAACUCAUAUUUUGCGCGUUUGAGGGAAAUUUAGAAGAGUAUUGAGGGCCAUUUUGUGAAUGUGGUCCAAUUGAGAUAUGAAAUGGAAAAAAACAGGGGGCAAGAGGUCUGGAGUUAAUUAGGAGGGAUGAGGGGUGUUAUUGUUAUUGUGGCUUAUGAGAUGUUUUCACUUCUUUUGUGAGGACCUGAUCCCAGAAGGUUCAAUUUGUUCCCAUCCACUCUUCUUUGUUUUUACUUUUUGGGGUCCUAUUCUUCUCUGUUUGAGCUUUUUACCAGUUGAAGAGAAUCUGCUUAUUUUAAACGGA